UCUCUACUGUGUUGCCAAAAAAGCAAAGCCGAGAGAGACGGAGGAGAGAUGUUGAAGUUUUCUUAUUGCAAUGCGACGGACCUAAAUCAGGCCUUGGUUCAAUGUAGAUUCGCGGGUUCAUUUGGUCCACUCUCUUCUCGCCGGCGUAGCCCACGCGCCGCCGUCUCCUGCUCUCGCUCCAACCUGACGCCGAUUCAAGCCGUUCUGUCGUGUCAGCAACAGGUCGGGUCAGAUCCGGUGGAAUCUGAGUUGGGGAGUUUGGCUGACCGGCUCCGGUUAGGUGGGUUGACUGAAGAUGGGUUGUCUUAUAAAGAGAAGUUUAUUAUUAGGUGUUAUGAGGUUGGGAUUAACAAAACUGCCACUAUUGAAACCAUUGCUAAUCUCUUGCAGGAGGUUGGAGGUAACCAUGCUCAAAGUGUUGGAUUUUCAAGAGAUGGGUUUGCUACCAGUCCCACUAUGCGAAAAUUGCAUCUCAUAUGGGUGACCGCACGCAUGCAUAUCGAAGUAUACAAGUACCCUGCUUGGAGUGACGUGAUCGAAAUAGAAACAUGGUGCCAAAACGAGGGAAGAAUCGGAACCAGAAGGGAUUGGAUCCUAAAGGAUGUCGCUACUGGUGAAGUUAUAGGAAGAGCUACAAGCAAGUGGGUGAUGAUGAACGAGGACACGAGACGGUUGCAGAAAGUUAGCGAUGAUGUCAAAGAAGAAUAUCUUGUCUUCUGUCCACGAGAACCUCGAUUAGCGUUUCCGGAGGAGAACAAUAAGAGUUUGAAAAAAAUUUCUAAAUUAGAAGAUCCUGUUCAGUAUUCCAGGCUAGGACUUAUGCCAAGACGAGCCGAUCUUGAUAUGAACCAGCAUGUCAAUAACGUAACCUACAUUGGAUGGGUUCUCGAGAGCAUGCCAGAAGAGAUCAUUGAUACGCAUGAACUGCAAACUAUAACUUUGGAUUACCGACGGGAAUGCCAACGAGAUGAUGUUGUUGAUUCGCUUACUGGUCCGGAACUAGUGGAGGGUUCCAAAAUUCACGGAACAAAUGGAUCUGCAACUGCAAUUACAAGAGAGGACGAUCUCGACUGCCAUCAGUUUUUGCAUCUCUUGAGAUUGUCUAGUGAUGGGCAGGAAAUAAACCGAGGCCGUACCGAAUGGAGAAAAAAACCAACUUGAUGAGGCUGCUGAGUCUUCGAAUUCAGUCGAUAAAUCGCAUGGGGAUCGAUACCAUUAAUUAUAAAUUCUGGACUGUGAAUUAUUAAAAAAAGAAAAACAGAAUUGUGGUCUGCUAUUUUGCCCUAUUUGAAAAAUCUUGAACUUCAAAUUUUUGGAUCGAGUAUGAAAGACAAUUAAAUUAGGUCAGGUUUUGAAUAAUAUCUUUCACAAA